UGUAUCCCCUGCUACUGAACAGAUUUGUCGCGAUACAAACUAGCUACACACUGGCAUUAAAGCCACGAAAAGAUGCUCCUUCACCGGAUUAAAACAAUGAAAAAAACACCUAGAAGUCUGGAAAAACUUUGCCCAACAGUGCCCAAACUUUGGUAGACUACAACCAAAACCACUUCCCUACAGUUUCGAGUGUGUUAGCAUUGUUUUAUCUCACCACUAUUGCAAUUGGACGCGUUUUUUGCCCCAUCUGGACCAGUCCAGUCUGAUGAAUUCACCGAAAAAAGACGGAGAUGAUGAUGUGCCCGUUAAAGACCCGGUAAAAUACGGCGAAUUGGUCAUUUUGGGCUACAAUGGCUCCCUUCCAAACGGAGACCGUGGGCGCAGAAAGAGCCGCUUUGCUCUGUACCGAAGGGCCAAGGCCAACGGUGUCAAGCCCAGUGCUGUGCACAUCCUCAAUACACCACAGGACAGCAAGGCGGUGCACAGCAGGGGGCAGCACAGCAUCUCUUUCACCCUGUCCCGAAACCAGACCGUGGUGGUGGAGUACUGCCAUGACAACAACACAGACAUGUUCCAGAUUGGACGCUCCACAGAGAGUCCUAUUGACUUUGUGGUAACAGACACCUCUGGAGGAAAGGAAGGCGAAGAUCCUUCCAUUGCUCCCAGCACCAUUUCCCGUUUUGCCUGCAGAAUAGUGUGCGAGCGCAACCCGCCUUACACUGCACGCAUCUAUGCUGCAGGCUUUGACUCCUCCAAAAAUAUUUUCUUAGGGGAGAAAGCAACCAAAUGGAAAAAUCCUGAUGGGCAUAUGGAUGGCCUCACCACUAAUGGGGUGCUAGUGAUGCACCCACAGGGCUUCCCAGAGGAUCCCAAGCAAGGCCUGUGGAGGGAGAUCUCCGUCUGUGGAGAUGUUUAUGCGCUGCGGGAGACACGGUCUGGACCCAGCAGGGGGACGCUGGCGGAGGGGGAGAGCAGCGCACUACGUGACGGGUCGCUCGUCGAUCUCUGUGGUGCUACUCUGCUGUGGCGCACCGGUGAGGGGCUCAUGCGCUCUCCCACUCUGCGUCACCUGGAGGCGCUUCGUCAGGAGCUUAACGCAUCCCGGCCCCAGUGUCCCGUCGGCCUCAGCACACUGGCGUUCCCCAGCCUUCCACGCAGUCAUAGCCUUGAAGAGCGUCAACCCUGGGUCUACCUCGCCUGUGGCCACGUCCACGGACGCCACGAUUGGGGCCAGAGAUCGGAGAGAGAGGAAGAUCCAGGAGAGGGUGAAGGCUCCACCACCCGGCGAGAAUGUCCCCUGUGCAGGAGCGUGGGUCCCUACGUGCCGCUGUGGCUGGGCUGUGAGCCUGCGGUGUAUGUGGAUGCCGGAGCCCCCACUCACGGUUUUGUGCCAUGUGGCCACGUCUGCUCAGAGAGGACAGCCAAGUAUUGGGCUGAGACUCCUCUGCCCCAUGGGACGCAUGCCUUCAGACCUGUCUGCCCCUUCUGCUCCACUGCCCUGAGCUCCCCCGGCUGGACACGGCUCAUCUUCCAGGGCCCCAUCGACUAAUCACCACUUCUCAGCAACAACCACAAUAGCAGGAAGCUACCUGAGCUGCGUUCAUGCGUUCAAAUGUUGAUCAGUAUGAUAAGCGUGUGUGUUCUGUACAAUAACACUCUCUGUUACUGAAUGUAGCUCAGUGCUGACAAAUCCUUCCCUUUGUUUAUCCUUUAGGGCUUGCUGAUUAGUGUAAGAUCAAGAAAAUAGGACAGAAUUAUCAGUGCUGUCAAUUCAAAGUGUUUUCUAAAUUUUAAACCAUUUCCCGCCCCCCUCGUGCAGGAGUCAGAGGGUUUUAAUUCCAGCUGAACACAGUGGCAGUUGAUUUCAGUCAUUACUCGUCUUUCAGCGAGACACAGCUCUCAGAAGUGAUGCUGCACGUUCACAGCUUAAACUAUGAUGCUGCAUUUUAACUAUAUUAUCAAAUGAUAGCCACAUGACUUUCGUCAGUCUUCAACACCAUGCAUUGUAUAAAAUGCAAGUAACUUUUGCACUUAUUCAUCUUCUACCCUUUCACAUGAAGCGUAACCAACUAGCAACCGUUUUAUAUUUCUAGCUGUGUUCUCAGUGGGCUUUGUUAACUGCGGAUGGUUGAUGAUUAUAAUGUGGGAUCAGUGGCUCGUGCUUCCAUACAGCAUUUAACACUCUUCCUGAUCCAUGAAGGAAAACUUCACAACUAUUUCUGAAGUUAAGGAAUUAGAAGCAUAUGUUGUUGGAGUCCUUUACAUAUCACUGUAGAGUAAGAUCUAUGCACAGACUGCCCAUUAAUGACAGACCCCUAUGUGUUGUAAUUCUUUGGACAGUAACCUGCAGAUUGUUUGAUUAGCUCCGAAGGGCCAGAGGGAACACUGCAGUACUUUUACAGCAGAUCUUUUCCUAAUUAUGAAGCAGGGUAAGGAUAAACAAAGGCUUGGAAUGAAAACCGGGUAUGAACUCCACUUCCCAACUCUGAAGCAAUAAUAGCACUCCCAUAGAUAAGCUAGAUGUUAUGCUAUGUUUAGCCAAGUGUUAGGUCAGCAGUCCAAUUCAAAUGUGGCUGAAAUGGUUUCCAGGUAAAGGGCUCAACCAGAGGCGUGUUCAAUCCCGUGACUUAUUUCCAAAUUGGGGGUCAUAGACCAGAGAAUAUGAGUGAUACCACAAGCUGCAGAUUUGAAAGACUUAAUGCCUGAUCCAUAUUUAAUUACUAAUUCUAUCAUUUCUUUACUGUGCUGGUAAUGCUGCAAAACUAUCCAGCUUGUUCUUUGUUAAUUUGAACACACUUCUGGUUUCUGAAUUAUGUUAAACAGGGUGUAUGGUAGUGUGAUGGAGUGUCAGUAGGCUUGACCUUGUGUAACCUCAAAACAUUUUUUUUGGGUUAUUGUUUCAAAGAAAACUAUUUUGUUAGGAAACGGGGAGGGUUUUAUUUGGGGAAGUGGGAGGAAUUCUUUUAGAUGUUCAGUGUUUAAAAAAAUUAUACAGCAACUAUUUUUCUAUCUGACAAUUGGUUUUAGUUAACUGUUGUUACUCAGUGUACGUACGCAAGUUGUGUAUGUUACGAGAUAUAAUCGUGCGGUAGAUGUAGGGGAGCUUGUGAGUGAGAAAACAUUGCCAACACUGUGUCUAACGAACACACACACUUUCACACACACUCUGCUACCGUAAAACAUUGCCCAGACAAUGAAUGUAGCCAAAAUACUUUGGGCUAUAUUUAGCCUUCCCUGGUGCUCAUAUUGAAUGGUCUAUAUUGUGAUACUAUUUUUGUAACUGAAUAUUAGGUGUAGCUUGGUGAACUAGCUCAACAAGUAAAUUCAAUAAUAGCCUCAAGUAUGAAAGAAUAACUGAUUUAAAAAACAGAAAAAAAAGAAAGAAAUACACUCACGUGAAAAAAUUGUGUCUAGCUUGCAUGUGCUGAACGUACACAUACAGUAUGUACACUACACGUACACGUACUCGAAAACUUUGCACGGUGGAGCGCCAACUUGCAAUUCAUGCUGAGAACGUUUGAGCUGUCUUCCGAGUCCUUCGUUGGUUAAAAACUGCAGCAUU